AUGGAGGUCGCUCGUACCUCCCUGAUCCAUGCGGCUGCUCCCCACUUUCUGUGGCCGUUUGCGGUCCGAUACGCUGCGCAUCAGCUCAACCUCUGGCCCCGUGUCUCCUUGCCGGAGACUUCCCCGACACUGCGUUGGACGGGAGAGGUUGGCGAUGCGUCGCGUUUUCGGGUCUGGGGAUCCCGAGCUUUUGUUCGCGAUACGUCCGCGGACAAGCUCUCCUCUCGCGCUGUUCCUUGUGUCUUCCUUGGCUUUGUCCCGGACGCGCCUGGCUGGCAGUUUUACCACGUCACCUCGCGCCGGGUUCUGCCUUCUCAGGACGUCACUUUUGACGAGUCCGUCCCCUACUACCGCCUCUUUCCCUACCGCACUGCCCCGCUCCCCCCUCCGCCUCUCUUCCUCGCUCCAGGUGCUGCUGUGCUAGACCCCCUCCCCCCUCAGGGUGCCGCUCCUUCAGGUGUGUCCCAGGUAGACCCGGUUGAGCCUGUCGAGGUAGCUGUCGACUCUCGUCCUCCUAGGGGUGCUGAGCCUGAGCGUGAGGAGCCUGGCGGUGCUGAGCCUGGGGGUGCUGAGUCUGGGGGUGCGGAGCCUGGGGGUGCUGAGCCUGAGCGUGAGGAGCCUGGAGGUGCGGAGCCUGGGGGUGCUGAGCCUGGGGGUGCUGCUUCUGGGGGUGCUGAGUCUGGGGGUGCUGAGUCUAGCGGUACUGAGCCUGGGAGUGCUACACCUGGAGGAGCCCUCUCCUCACAGCAGCUGCAGGAGAGGUACCUACAGUACUGCAGCCUCAGGAGAGGUGCUGCUGGAGCUGGUACCAGUACUUCCCCUCCUACCCGGGAGCUCCCCUCCCUUCAGCAGAUCCGAGAGUGGUACACGCGGCGCUGCAGUCUUCGGAGUGGCGCUCCUGGUGCUGCGGACCCUGGAGUUGGAGCUGCUGCUGGUGCUGAGGACCCGGGCGUUGGAGCUGCUGCUGGUGCUGAGGACCCGAACGUUGGAGCUGCUGCUGGUGCUGAGGACCCGGGCGUUGGAGCUGCUGCUGGUGCUGAGGACCAGGACGUUGGAGCUGCUGCUGGUGUUGAGGACCCGGGCGUUGGAGCUGCUGCUGGUGCUGAGGACCCGGGCGUUGGAGCUGCUGCUGGUGCUGAGGACCCGGACGUUGGAGCUACUACUGGUACUGAGGACCCUGACGCUGGUGUCUCUGCUGGUUCUGGAGACGCUGCGCGGCCGCGACCGUACUUCGUACCGCUCCUUCAGCAGGUUCUUAAUCAGACUCCUCCUCCUUGUCCUCCUUCCUCCUUAGAGUGUCCUCCGCCUGUCCAGUCGCAGUCACAGUUACCGCCUGCCUCGCCUCUCCCUGGUCCCUCCCCUUACACUGGUCCCACAGGAGGUCUUACGGAGCGUCGUGAGCCUGAGUCUUGUCCUGCGUCGCCUGUCCGUACUGCUCGCACUGGUCGUCGUGUCCCACGUGAGCGAUCUCCUCCUGUCCCUGGCACUCACUACAUGACUCUGCGUCCCUCCACUGCUCCUCAGCGUGUCCCUUUGCCGUCUCCUCCUGCGUCCUCUCUACCUACUCUUCCUGACCCGAAGUCUGACUCCCGUCGUGCUGCCAGUCCCACUGUUACGCGUCUCCUCGCCACUGUUGUCACUGACCCUACAUUUGAGUCCUCUGCUGCGUUUGCUCUGGUCGCUGAGUUGGUUGACUUUGCUGCCCGGUGUCGUCUAGACUACGCCGCUAGCCUUGUUGCUGAGUCUGAGUCUGUCUGUCCUCCGUCCGUCGGGGGUGAGUGUGCUCUUGGCACGGACGUCCUUGAGGACAGACAGGAGGAGUUCCAAUGCUUUGCUGCUGCUUUGCCCCAUCUCGUGUCCAUGCUAGUUGCCCCUGAGGGAGACCCGGAUGCACCAGACAUCCCGACCCCGCGCUCUUACGCAGAGGCGAUGGCGGGUCCCUACUCCUCUCAGUGGCAGACAGCCAUGGACGCAGAGAUGGCUUCCUGGAAGUCCACAGGCACCUACGUCGACAAGGUUCCCCCACCUGGGGCGAACAUCGUCAGUGGCAUGUGA